AUGGCCAAUGUCUCAGGAAAUGCACCUUCCAAUGAAACCAGCAAAUCUUCGAAAAUAGAUGUGCCCCAAUCAGCUCAACCUGCAUUUCCUAAUACACGAUGGAUGGAUGUAACAACAGAUUUGUCACGUAAUCCGGGUGUAUUUGACGAUGUAUUCAAGAAAAUAAAGGAUUUAAUGCCACCAGCAUUCGAAGGUGCUAAACUAUCGGUUACUAAAAUGCUAAGUAGUCAUUUUCAAGUUAGCCAUUCAAUGACAUUAAGCAGUGGAUCGAAUAGUGGUUAUAAAUUUGGAGCAAAUUACCUUGGUACACAACUUUAUUCCCAAUCCGAAGUAUUUCCUGUUAUUUUGGGUGAUGUGGAUCCGAAUGGAAAUGCCAGUGCUCAAAUAAUUCAUCAAUGGAGUGAUAAACUUCGCACACGUAUAUUAGCACAAGUACAAUCAUUGAAAAUGGCAGGUUAUCAAUUGUCGAUGGAUUAUCGAACUCAAUUUACAACAACAACCGUAACAUUAGCAAACGUUGACUUAUUUAGUAGCUCUGGUAUCGCUGUUUUGCAGCAUUUAACACGCGUAACAAAAAACUUAGACAUUGGUGCUGAACUUCUUUAUCAAGCCAAUCUGAUGAUACCUGGCGGCCAUAUUGGUAUAACUAGUUUUGUUUCUAGAUAUCGAGGUCUCGAUUGGUUUACUGCUCUUAAGCUAAGUCCAGCAGGUGUUUUUAAUGUUGGCUAUUUUCAUCAAAAAUCAAACAGUCCAUUACAGUUAGGAGUCGAAUUCGAAACAUCGCUUGCAGUCAAAGAAACUUCUGCAACAUUUUCAUAUCAAUAUGAUCUAACAAAAGCUAAUACAACUUUUCGUGGUAUGCUCGAUACGAACGGUCUUGUAAGUGCUGUGAUCGAAAAACGUCUUGCACCAUUGCCAUUUACGUUCAUGUUAAGCAGUUCAUUAAAUCAUGCUAAAUCUGCCUAUCGUUUUGGCAUUGGUUUGCUUAUCGGUUAA